AAAUUUGCGAACUGGCUACAGGUUCUUCAAGCCAACCCAUCCGCGUACCCCUUGUCUCCCCCUCUUCCUUUCCGCGCCCUCGUGCCAUUUUUGUUCCAACUCCCCCUCUGCUUCCCCUGGCUCCAGCCAGGCAAUUUUCCCUUCCCGUCUCUCCAGCUUGUCUCCCUCUCUUCCUCAACCUCUUCUUUCUCAAUCGCAAGCUCUGACCCACAACCUCAUCCGCCUCGCGUUCCAGCGAUUCGUUGCUCCAUCAUCCGUCAGUCCGUCGCGGUCUCGAGCGUCUAACUAUCCCAGCGCACCGCGCAUCGCCGGGACCAGCCAUGGCUGCUCCGUCAUCCCCGCUCCGCCCAGUCGAUCCCGUCGCACGGGGCGUCUCUUCCCUCGAGUCGUUCCACCCGAGGCGCGCGACUCUCGGAAGAGCGGGCGUGGGGACGGGUUACGCGGCGACGGCGGAAGACGAACCCGCAGCAGCCGCGGAGGAAGCGGAUGCACCCGCGCCGUCGACGGCGCCGCGACACGUCAGCCGAAACUCCCCGAGUUCCGUUGUUCUCGCUAAGCGGGGCGAUGGAGAAGCGGGAGAGGUGGCUGCAGCGCCUGUCAUGCUGACCAAUUCCCAGCGCGCGUCGCUGAUCUCCUCCGCGAAAAACGCCCGCACAGCUGCAGCAAUGUCGUCUGAGCCCCUCUCGACGCCCCCGCAAGCUUCGCUGGAAACUUCUGCUGCCAGGUCGCUGCAGCUUCCGACCAUUCGCGAAGCAUCAGAAGUAACCCUUCUUGGCGAUGAUUCGGCGGGGAAACCAGGGAGUUCACGACAAUCAGUCGUCGCGGGGAACGGAGCCGCGAACGUUGAUGGCGACGCGCUUGACUGCACCGUCUUUAUCAACGGACGAGCCGUUGAGUCGACGGGCGGGGAUGAGGAUGAGGAGACGCGCUUCGUCUUCUGUCUCGAAUCGCGGUCAAGAAACCCAUCGAGAGCAGAGCAGCAGUGGCAACCGCGUGACGUCGAAACCAAUUCUUCCAUGCUCGCACGCGCGCUUGACGCCGAUUCCGCCGCUCCAGCAAGGGAGGGCGGGGAGGCAACAGCCGACGUGGGCGACGGAGAAGGAGAGGACGACGGGGAAAACGCUGCGGGGGAAGACGCGGGAGACGCGGGAGACGCGGGAGACGCGGGAGACGCGGGAGACGCGGGAGACGCGGGAGACGCGGGAGACGCGGGAGACGCGGGAGACGCGGGAGACGCGGGAGAUGCGGGAGUCGCGGGAGACGUGGGAGACGCGGGAGACGCGGGAGACGGGGUCGAGGAGGGGGAGUGGAUGGAUGGGACGAGUGCGGAGAGAGAGAGUGACGGAUUGGGGGAUGACGGUGGGGCUGAUGCUGACGCGGACGACGAGCGUGUUGACAUGGACACAGAAGGCGCUGACGAGGACCAACGAGAGGGCGCGGAGGAGGGGGAAGCUGAUGAGGGGGAGGCGGAGGAGGGGGAAGCGGAGGAGGGGGAAGCGGAGGAGGGGGAGGCGGAGGAGGAUUUGGAAGUUGACGAAAGGAUGGAUGAGGAGGAAAUAGAAGGGAACAGAGAGGAGGAGGGAGAGGAGAGAGACGAGGAGGAAGCAGAUGAGGAGGGAGGAGGUGGGGAGACAAGAGAUGGGGAGGAGGGAGAGGAGAGAGAGGAGGGAGAGGAAGACUUGCUCGCAAUCCCAACGGACGACAUCGCGGGGCCUAUCGGGUUGAUGGGUUCGUCCCACCCAGGGGACUCCGUUCGCCCCGUUGACCCCGUUGACUCGAUCGGGCCUGUUGACCGCGUUGACUGCGCUGACCCUAUGGACGCCAUGGGAGCGGGGUGCCUUGACGGCUUGGAGACGCGUUGCCUGGCGGAUUUCGAGGACAUGCUGCCCGAGGGAGAGGCGCUCGACAUGCUGGGCGACGACUGUCUACUGGCGCUAGACUCGGGUCUCUUCCCCGACGAUCUCGGCUCUCUCCUGCCCUAUCCCUCCGCCUACCCCUCGUGCGCCAAGCCCGCGCUCCCUGCCCCGCGCACCACUCUCCCCCGUCCGCCCUCCAUGCCGGGCAAGACGCGCCCUGCGCCUCACAGGGGCGACGCGGGCGGUUGCAGGGGCAGCGGAAAGGGCAGCAGCAGCGGCAGGGACGGGAAAGGCAUGGCUAUUGCAGUGACCCGCAGAGAUCUCAAAUGCGAGUCGGAUGGUUUUUCCGCAAGCCCUAUAUCUACCCUCGCGCCUCUGCACUCCUCCUCCUAUUACUCCACUCCCUCCCCCUCCUCCCCUCGCUCUCCGCCCUCCCGCUCCCCCUCCCCUUCCCCUCUCGACCGCCUCUUGCUUCGCCCCAUCCCUGGCAAACGGCCGAGGUCUCACCGGCCCCUCGUGCGUGGGCGAACCUGGACCGUUGAUCUGCUGAACGACCUGCUCCAUCCGACGGAGGAAACAGAUUCGCUAGAGCACGAAUACGACGAGCAACUACUGCCACACCAGGAGCAGCAGCGGCAGCAGGAGCAGCAGUGGCAGCGGGAGCAGGAGCAGGAGCAGGAUGAGCAGGAGCAUCAGCAGUCGCGGGUUCGAGCUUAUAACGGGUAUUUUCGCACGAACAAGCAGUACACUGCGUCCGUGCAAUCGAAGAAGAACAAGAAGGGCAAGCAGAAGGGCAAGGGGCGGCCGCCGUACACAGGGAGACCGAGGGGGAGGCCGUCGAAGGCUGCUAUCGCCGCUAGACUUGCAGCAGCCGCGGCAGCAGCAGAGGCGGAAGCAGCAGCUGUCGUUGGUGGGGCCAGUAAGGCAAAACCUGCGGCCGCCGGUGCUGCUGGUGCUGGUUACAUUGUACCUGUACGCUCUUCCCUCCCAUAUGGAGACUCGGCUGCUUCUGUUGCUGCUGCUGCUGCGGCUGCUGCUGCUGCCGCUGCUGCUGCUGGAGAAGCGCCCGCCAGGCUGCAUGCUGUGAAGCGCCACAAGGCGUCUGGUUUCUCCAGGUUGUCUGGUAACAGCCUACCACAGAACCUCACCGCCAACCCUGUCAUGCCACGUGUCCGUAAAUCAGCUGCAGAAAAUCUCCCAGGAAAAGCGGCUUCUGGAGUGGGGCUUUCUUCUUUUUGUGAGUCUGGGAGCUCAGACCCUAGCGCAAGCACUGCCUCCUUCGGGGCAGAUUUCAUGUUCGGGCAGGUGGAGUCCGUUUUCCAGCUGCCCGAAAGUGCCGUUGCGGCCAGUGGCGUUCUGAAAGCCGAAGCAGGCAGAGGGUUGGUUGCAGGGACGGCACCGCAAGGCUCGACGUCUCCGUCCCUUCCAAGCCUGUCCGGCGCUUCGUCAUUGGCUGGCGAAAGUGGUGGUUGUGGUAACACUCUGGCAGCUGGGAAAUCGCCAGCAGGGGCGAAGGGCCCUCCCUCCUCUUCUGCGUCCGCUGGUGCUGCCGCUGGUGUUGAUUCUGCUGCUGCUGCUAGUGCUGGUGACGGCAUUCUCCGUCGCUGCCUGCACUGCUCAGUCACCAAAACCCCCCAGUGGAGAGCCGGGCCCUACGGCCCCAAAACCCUCUGCAACGCGUGCGGCGUUCGCUACAAGUCCGGGCGGCUGUGUGCUGAAUACCGGCCGGCAAACUCCCCCGAAUACGUGGCGGAGAAACACUCGAAUUCGCACCGUCGGAUCGUGGAGAUGAGGCGGUCUGUGCUUGCGACGUGGCAGGAGGGGGUUGUGAUGGGGGGAGGGAGUGUGGAGGGGCCGGUUCGGGGUACUGACGGGGGUUUGCUGUCUCCAUUUUUCGAGUAUAGGUGCCCGUAUAAGAAGGGAGGAGGGAGGAGGAGAAAACGGGUGGUUGAAGAGGAAGAGGAGGAAGAGGAGAGGGAGUGGGAGGAGGAGGAAGGGGAGGAGGAAGAGGAGGAGAAGGAAGAGAUGGAGGAGGAGUGGGAGGAAAGGGAGGAGGAGUGGAGGGAGGGGGGGGAGCGGGAGCGGAAGGGACCGAAGCGGCUGCACAGGCUCGGGAAGGCCCAGGGGAAGGAGCAGAGGUUCGGGGGAGGUAGGGGCGGAAGGCACAGGCUGGGGAACGGCGAGGAGCAGGUUGCGGUGCAGGGAGAGGGAGAAAGCGGAAGGGAGGCCGAAAGGCAGGAGCAGGGAGAAUGCGAUGAGAUGAGGCGUGGGAAAGGGGUGGCUGGGGGGAGGAAUGCUUGGGGAAGGGAGCGUCUGGGGAAGGUGGUAUCUGCGUCUGGGAAGGGACGGAGGCUGGCAGGUCCAGGCGAGGAGAGGAUGGCAAUUGCCACAGAGAGAGGAGGGGAGAGGGAGGGGAGUGCAAGGAGGUUGGGCAAACGGUUGGGGCGGGGAGAGGGGUCUCAGGAUGGGGAGGAAUGGAGGGAACGGAGAGAGGAGAAGGUGCCAAGGGAUGGAGGGAUGGGGAGAGGUAAGGAGGGAGAGAGGGAUACGAGGGGAGCUAAGAGGAGACGUGUGAGUGAUGGGAGCGGUGCUUGUACCAGCCAUUCUACUGACGGUCACUGCCUCCCUGGGAUAAAUAAGAGGCUGGUGGAUGUGACCAUGAAAGAGGUGACUGUAAAGGAGGUUGCGCUGUUUGCCAUGGGCAAGGGGGGGAGGCUGAGAGUGAGGAGGGACGUGAGGAGGGGAGAGGUGGAGGGGCCUGUGGUGGUGCAAGUGGUGGCCUCCCUGCCUUCCUCCAGAGGCAAGAAGGGAGCUAAGAGGAACAAGGGUUCAGGGGUUAAGGGAGCAGGGGGCAAGGGCGCUGGGACUGGGGUGCACGGAGCGAAACAUGGCGCCUCAGGUUCCGAGUUUAAUGCGGGAGGGAGGGGAGGUGGAGAGAGUAAGGGUCAGGGUGACGUAGCUGUUAUUCUUGGAGCCGCUUCAGCUGCUCCGUCUGCCGAUGCUGCUGCUGUAUCUGCUGCUGCUGCUAGUUCUCUUGCUGAUGCUGCUGCUGCUGCCCCCACCAUAGGCGGGGUGAAAGUGAGAUUUUCACUAAGAAAGCCUGGUCAUGGUGGGGGGGGCAUGAACAAGCUUGCUCGAAGGCAGGCGGAGCAGCAUGCGGCAGUGAAGCCGCAUGGCAAUGGCAAGGUGGAGCCAAGUCUAGGAGCAGGAGCGGGGGCAACUGGUAGCACAGGAGGCACGGGAGGGGUGAAAGUUGAGCAGGAACAGCUGGUACCUGGGCCGGUAGAUUCGAGCGCUGGAGGGGUUGUGAGCGUCCCUGUUCUUUCCCCUGGUGCGUUGUUUUCACCUGAGCCGGCACCUGACGCGGUGCCAGUGCCUGUGGAGCUGGCGCCUGAAGGCAGGCUUUCUUCUCCAGUCCCCAUGGCCCCUGUUGACGACGACGUAGCAGCGGCUGGUGAGCUCACUGUUCGCACUGCCCCUAUUCCCACUGCCCCUGUCACGCCCGCUGCUGCCACUGGUGCUGCUGUUGCAGUUUCAGAUCAUCUCGCCACGGGUGCAGCAUCUGCCUUGGCUGCCAACGCAGCUGCAUCGCCUGCUGCUGCUGCUCCUCUUGCCGUUCCUGCUGCCGCCACCGCAGCUGCAGCAGCUGCAGGCACGAGUGCAGAGGUCUUCCUGUACCCAGGAGCAGCUGCAUCCGAGCCAGGCCUCCUUCUGCCUGAGCCUGCUCCCCCGCUCCUCAACCCCAGCCAUGGCGAGGCGGACUGCCUGCUGCUGGUGACUGGUUCGCCUCACCACGAACCGGAAUCCAUUCUGCUCCCGCCCGAACCGAAGCCCACAUGCUUUGGGAUUGCCUUUGAGUCAACUCAGAAGCCCGCAGGCCUGGAGGCGUCUGGAGAGUGUGGGCUCCAGUCCAGCCUGCUUCUGGAAAUGAAACCGCUGGCAGAGCAGGAGGAAUGGGGGCCUGGAGGGGUGGCUACAGAAACGUCCUGUGUCGAUGCUCCUGCUGCAGCGGUCUUUCCCAAGGAAGAAGGGGGAAAUGGCUCCCUUUGCGCCCUUUCUGACCUGAUGCCUGGUGAAAGCGCAUCUGGUGCAGGUGCAUCUGGUGAACGUGCAUUUGGUGCAGGAGUAGGAGUAGCUAGUGUGGGUGCAUCUGGUGUAGGUGUGUCUGUACCCAGGUCACUGCUCACACCUGCACCGUCCAUGCAGGGGCUGAUUCAGCAGGCGCGGCAGCAGCUGGCGUGCAGCAGGGAGAGCAGUGAAGCCAGGGCAGAGCCGCUGCCAUCACCUAGUGGAGGGUAUGCUGGUGCCUGCGGCCCUGCUCCUGUAUUUUCUCCCAUUGACCUUGCACCUGCUGAUCCUGCUGCUGCUGCCGCUGUUCUUGCUGCUGCGGGAGGAGCCUUGCUGGCACCCGUGGCUGCUGCAUCGCAGGUGCCAGCUGCACAUGUGGUUGAGGCGGUGGAAGGAGGGAAGCUGAUUGGAGGUGCUUCUAAGGGAGACGCUCCUGCCCUCAGUCGCUCCCCUUCGAUGCUGUCUCCCUCUGCUACCGGUGCUGCUGCUGCUGGCACUGCUCCUUCGGUGCAGUCUAACCGUGGGGGAGGGGCUUGCUCUAAUGGCCUCUCCUCCACUUCCAAUUUUGUCGCAGCGUCAGCUUAGCCGCUAUACAAGUGUAACAGGUAUGCUUUUUGGGAUUGCCCCUGCAUGCGCUGUAUCUGAUGGCUGUGCGAGCCAUAUUUGGUAAAUCCAAUCAGGAUGAUUGAGCUUGUGUGAGUUCUAGUGGCCAAACUUGGCCCUUUACUACCUGGCUUGUGUGUGCUAUACUUCGAUUUGGUUUGUAGCAGAUGUAUGUUUGGUUUGUAAUUGGUCUAGCAAAUUAAAUAUCAG